CUUAGGGGGGCGGAGGGGGCAGCUGCUGCCAAGGCCCUAAUGAGACCCCCUCUGUGCCCCUCCUGCCGUGAUCUUAAUUCUCGGUUCUCCCUGGAGCCACCGCUAAUUGGCCUGGGGAGGGGCCCCCUCCUGGCUCCCACUCUGCCCCCAGAGGGUGAGGACACCUGGAUGCUGAUCCAGCACCUGUGGCCCUGUGCUUCUGUCUCAGCCUCCCAUCUGUGCGCCCCUCCUUCCCUCCCUCGCCCCUCCCUGCUCUCGCCCCACCUGCCUUAGGUACCUCCAUCUGUGCGCCCCUCCACCGCUCCUCUUGUUCCUCCUCCUCAUCUGUCCCUCCCUCCACCUGCCUCUGGCCUUCCCAUUCACGCGCCCUUCCACCUUCGCACCUGUUACCGGGGCCUGCCCCCUCGCCCCCACCUCAGGACCCACACGUAUCCUAACCUGCCCCCACUCCCGCGCGGCUUUUAACCCCUUCCCCGCCGCAGCCAUGUCCAACAACAUGGCCAAGAUUGCCGAGGCCCGCAAGACGGUGGAACAGCUGAAGCUGGAGGUGAACAUCGAUCGCAUGAAGGUGUCGCAGGCAGCGGCCGAACUCCUGGCUUUCUGCGAGACGCACGCAAAAGACGACCCGCUGGUGACGCCAGUACCCGCAGCAGAAAACCCCUUUCGCGACAAGCGCCUCUUUUGUGUUCUGCUCUGAGCCCUCCGGACAGCUUACCCUCCCCUGCCAAAGUAUGGAUCUAAUAAACUUGGUCACUGUGGUGGUGCCUGUGCUUUCGGAGAAACUGAGGCACACACUGAGCUGGGGGCCACCGUGGGGGAA